AUGCCUACCACGCAAGAUACCGCCGCCAUUGCGAUGCCCUCCUCCUCGCCUCCCGUCAGCAUCAGCAGCUACGCCCGCUUUAUGCACGAGCACACCAAGCGUCAGAUGGAGGCAUCGCGGUCUUCGGCCCCCCAGAGCUCCGGCAGCAGCCAGACCUCGACGUCCAGCUCCAUGAGCAACGGUGUUCACGCACACGAAUAA